GCCACCGUGAAGACCCUGACCGGCAAGACCAUCACCCUGGAGGUGGAGCCCAGUGACACCAUCGAGAACGUGAAGGCCAAGAUCCAGGAUAAAGAGGGCAUCCCCCCUGACCAGCAGCGACUCAUCUUUGCUGGGAAGCAGCUGGAAGAUGGCCGCACCCUUUCUGACUACAACAUCCAGAAAGAGUCCACCCUGCACCUGGUCCUCCGUCUGAGGGGUGGCAUGCAGAUCUUCGUGAAGACCCUGACCGGCAAGACCAUCACCCUGGAAGUUGAACCCAGUGACACCAUCGAGAACGUGAAGGCCAAGAUCCAGGAUAAGGAGGGCAUCCCCCCUGACCAGCAGCGACUCAUCUUUGCCGGGAAGCAGCUGGAAGAUGGUCGCACU